GGUAAUAUGAAUUUACUUCUAUUGCUUCUGGUACUUGUCAGCUGGGACCAGUCGCUUGGAAGUAAUCCUCUCAACAUUUAUGAUGGACAAGGGAAUUGUAAGCCUGUCUGUCCAUGCUUGAUGGAUGGUAUCAACUAUGAUCACGGAGAUCAAUGGACAAAGCGUGGACAACCAUGUACAACAUAUGAAUGUGUCAAUGGUUUCUACAGGGCUAUCAAAGAAGGUUGUGAUUAUAAGGGAACAUGCAAGAACUCGGGAACCACGUGGACGGAGCGCUGCUUUACUUAUAGAUGUAAUACUACAGAUGAAAUUUCUCACUAUUCUCUAGUGGAGGGAGGUUGUUUAGACUCGAAUGGUAACUGUCGAGCCGUUGGGGAAAGGUUUUCUCAAAAUUGUGAUACGGUUGAGUGCCAAAUAGUGAAUGGUUCCUGCUUCCAUUUGGUUACGCUAACAAAGGGAUGCACGUUUGAGGGAGAGUGCAGGUCACUAAACUCUUUCUGGCAUGACGGCUGUUCUGUAUACCAGUGUACUCAAGCCUCGAACAGUGUGACAUAUCAGAAAUUGACCAAUGAGGUGAUGUAUUGGCCAAAGGGAUCAUACGGUUUGUUGAUGCCAGAGGAGGGUUGUCCUAAUGAUAUUCGGCCAUCCUGGAGCAAUGGUAGCCGCCUUCACUACAGUAACGGUAAAUCUGUGCCUUCUUUCUCCUUCCAUUUGUAUGGUAACUACUCAAGGAUCUCUUUUGAACACUACUUCUGCAUUCAUGAUGAGGAAGUUGACCCGUUCCAGCUGCCUCGUUAUCAAACCUACUGGGAUGCUGGGAACUAUUGCAUAUUCCGGAAGUUGGGCCAGUGUCCAAGCGGAUUUCGAGAGGGCUUUGUUGGAAUGGAUGAUCUUAAUGGUUUAGAAUUUAUGCAAACCGUGAAUGGGUCUGUCCCUGAUGGAAUCUAUGAUAAGGAUACAGGGUUUUUCUUUUGUUGCCGAUCUGACGGAGACAUAGAAAUACCCAUCAUUCUACCCAAAAAUGAACCGUUCGUCUUGUUUAUGGCUAAUGGUAGCACGGAUUGUCAGUCAGUUAGAGGUAUGCGACACAGUCUCGAGUUUUUCCUGUUUGAUGACGAAAAUGUUAAUACUACACUCUACCAGAAUGGCUCACUACCAGAGGUUAAACGUGGAACAAAUAACACCGUCAUCUACUUCUGUUACUACAAGCCUAUAACUUGUGGAUGUGAAGAUGAAAGUGGAAAUAUGAUAAAACUAGGAGAAAAGGUGAAGAAGAAUUGUGUAUGGUACCUCUGCAAAUCAUAUCAAAAGAACAUGCGAUACUUAGAGGUCUUAAAGGGAGGUUGUACAUGGAACAAUAGAUGUGUACCUGAAAACACUAUUUGGACAGAGAAUAAAGGCAGCAUGUGUAUACAGUAUACGUGUACAAAACAAAAUGGUGGAUCUUAUCCGGAGUACUUUGUUAAGAAGCUACAUCAAGGUUGUAUAGAUGGCAAAAAGUGUAGAGGACUAGGAUUCAGCAAGAGGCGAGGUUGUUAUGAAUUACAAUGCCGAGUUCACCCUCAAGUCCAAAGACCUUAUUACAAGCUUGUCCGUGCAGGUUGCAGUGACGGUAUGGGUGGAUGUUUAGCUAUCAACACCACGAAGACAAUAAACUGUAUAACAUACCGCUGUGAGAGACACUCAUCAAAUUGUGGUCUAGAUUUCUACAAAGGAGGGUGUAAUGAAGGAGGAGAGUGUCAUGACGUAAACAACACGUGGACAAGCAAAAACUGUCACGUGAUGAAAUGCAGUAUGGAGGCUGCCCAGAAGGAAAAUGUGAAAAUAAGAACGAAAAUAAAGACAUAUGCUUGCAAGUUGAACGGAAAAUGUUACAAGGAAGGAGAGAUGAUGAGUGCACAAUGUUUAAAAAGACAAUGUAAAGUUGACAGGGACCAUAAUACUGUCACAAUGGACGUCAUACACGCAGACUGCAGGGUGAACGGAUUGUGUAUACCUGUCAAUUCUACAUACAGAGAUGGAUGUUCUGUCAAACGGUGUUAUUGGCGAAAAAACGGAGACGUCCAUAGCUCAGGAAGUGAUGUCGUCACGUUUGGGUGUAAGUGGAAGGACAGUUGUGUAAAUGAGAGUGAGAUAAGACAAUAUCAGUGUACUCACUACAUCUGUCGUGUAUCCCAGAGGGGACAAUACAGGCGCGCAGAGAUGGCCGUUUAUAGUCAAGAUUGCAGGGAUCCACAAGGAAAUUGCAUAGCGGUAGGGAGCUAUGGCGAGGGUCAAAAUUGUAACAAAGUGAAGUGUGUCUCUACGACUGGUCAGUCGCGUCUGGAAAAUGUAGCAACAGGGUGCUUAGAUAGGGAUAAAUGUAGAGAGAACGGAGGCAAUUGGACAAAUCCGGAAAACUGCAUUACUUACGGUUGUCGUAUAAAAAUCCAAAAUGGUCGAACAUACCCUAAAAUACAAAUUAUAGGCGUUGGAUGUAAAGUAGGCGGUAUUUGCUACAGUCCUGGGGAAAAAUGGGACUCAGGUUGCCUGGAAAGACAAUGUGUUGUCAAUAGAUCAAACAAAGGAUUCUCCCGAUCGGUAACAGCAAAAUUAAGAGGCUGUAAUGUAAACGGCAAAUGCCUUGAGGUUGGGUUCAAAGAGAUGAGAAACAAAUGUUUAAAUUAUGGUUGCACCCUGGACAAAAAAUCAAAUCGCCCUGUUUACAGCCUGCUUAAAGGAGCCUGCAAAGAUCUAGAUGGAAACUGUCGAGACAUCGAGGAAGAGUGGGAUCACCUAUAUAAACCUCAUAAAAUUUGUCUUCGUCUAAAGUGUGUGUAUUCAAACGGGAUUUAUAGAACAUCUACACUUAAAAUACUGUGUAAAGAUAAAAAUGACAAUUGCAGGCAGCAAGGGGAGAGCGGAUUUCCGGCUAUGAUCGGAGGACGAGAGUACAAAAACUGUCAAUGUAAAGCCUACGGACGUCAGUCAAGAAUGUCGUGUUCUCCGUAGGUGUUCGAGACAUGCUUGGAUUGCCGAGCCCAAAUCUCUCACCAGAGGGCGUUUUGCUAAGCUCCACAAUACCUCUGUUAUCCAAAGCAUUUGAAUAAUCUUGUAAACUAGGCAAAUAUUCUUUUCCUAGAUAUUCGAAAAAGAAAAAAAAAUGUCCCUUUAUCAAUUUUUACUUUGCUUUUUCUAA